UGUGGGUCUGAGUGAAGAAUGCAAUGCUGUAAUGAUGCAAAAGUGAGGAGAGCCUGCCAACUCAAAUGAGCUGGGGCGGUUUUACGCAGGUCUGCCAAGCAGGUGCAUUAUAAGUAGAGCUGAGGAUUCGGGUUUUUUUGGGUUGGCUGAGCAGCUUGGCUUCUGAACACCAGCCAUGGAUUCCUGGGAGACUGCGCUUUGCGUUUUCUUAGCAUCCUUCCUAGCAACUGUAUUUGGUGGACUCUAUGCAGUAGGAGCAUUCCGCAAAAGGAAACCCAAGGAACCUCCGCUGGACAAAGGCUUCAUUCCAUGGCUAGGACACGGGAUGCAUUUCAAGAAGAAGCCUACAGAAUUUUUGGUACGCAUGCAGAAGAAACACGGGGAUAUUUUCACGGUGCUGGUUGGCGGCAAUUACUUACAUUUUGUGCUGGACCCUUGGACUUACCGGGAUAUAAUAAAGAAGUCGAAAGACAAACUGGAUUUUGAUACGUUUGGAUUGAAAAUAGUUUUCAACGCUUUUCGGUUCCACGCAUCCCAAUCUCAUCAUAAAAUUGUGCAACAAAAUAGCAAGAAGUACCUGAGAGGCAAGAGUCUAGUGGCCCUGAACCAGGUGAUGAUGGAGAGGUUGAAGACUGUGAUGCUUCACAGCUGGGAUUCAGGUGAGAAUAAGAGACACUGGCAGCAGGAUGGGGUCCUGCACUUUAGCUACAAUACAAUAUUCCAGGCUGCUUUUUUGGCUUUGUUUGGAACUGAGCCAGACGAAGGUGUUGAGAGGGAAGGAACCGCUAAGGAGGAUAAACUAACACAAUGUAGAGAUUUCUUUGGGAAUUUUCAGAAAUUCGACCACUUAUUUCCCCAAAUGGUUUUUGGCAUUCUGGACCCCCAGGGCAAAAUGGAGACAGAAAGAUUGAGGAAAUUCUUAUGGGGCAUACUGUCAGUAGAAAAGAUCUAUCAGAAGGAUAACAUCAGCAAUUGGAUAGUUGAGCAAGAUCAGCAAAUGGCCGAGAUUGGGAUGACCGAAAAGACGAGGACACAAUUCAUGUUUCUUCUCCUCUGGGCAUCUCAAGCCAACACCGGUCCAGCUGCCUUCUGGGUCCUUGUGCAUCUCCUGAAGUAUCCAGAAGCAAAGAAGGCAGUGUGGGAAGAAGUGGACCGAGUACUGAGAGAGACUGGCCAGGAAGUGAAUCCAGGAAGCCCCGCCUUCAAUUUGUCCCUGGAAACAAUAAAGACUCCUCUUCUGGACAGCACGAUAGAAGAAACCCUGCGCUUGAAAGCGAAUCCGUUCCUGUUCAGAAGUGUGAUGCAGGAUACAGACCUUAAAAUGUCUGAUGGGAGAGAAUACGUUCUUCGCAAAGGAGACCAUCUACUUCUUUUCCCUUUCCUUGGACUGCACAUGGACCCAGAAAUCCACCCUGAUCCUCACGCAUUCAAAUACGACAGGUUCUUGAACCCAGAUGGCACCAAAAGAGAGUUCUAUAAGAAUGGGAAAAAGCUCAAGCAAUACACUAUGCCUUUUGGUGGAGGGCCGUCGAUUUGCCCGGGGCGGUUCUUUGCUGUGAGUGAAUUGAAGAUGUUUGUGAUCCUGAUGCUCACCUGCUUUGACAUGGAACUGGUUAAUGCGGAAGAGGAAAUCCCACCAGUAGAUGGAAGCCGCUGUGGGUUUGGAAUUGUGCACCCUUCUCAAGAUAUUCAGUUUAGGUAUCGAUUGCGCUGCUAAACUUAAACCUGACUUUUGUACAUUGGCUUGCAACAAUUAGCUGUUAUAUACCCCAAAAUGGAAAACUAAACGGGUUAAUCUUCCAAAAGUCCUUUCGCUAGGGAGUAGCAUAAUUGCAGAGAGUGUCUGUGUUAUUUAAUAUUGGCAAAGGACAAAACGUACAUUGGCACCUCCAGCUUACUGAGUAGGAUAGGUUUUUACAGGUUACAACCUCUUUCAUCAGAUAAAGUGAAGUUGGGAGGUGUGCAGUCUCUAGAAUAGGGAGAGAUAGAACAAUGCAAUUCUUGUUGGCUCACAGUCAACCUUCUCUGACCAAUUCAUGAAUUCCUGGGAGUCUGCCAGCCAGGCCCAUGGAGGGUGGCGGGCUGCUGGGUACACUUGCCCAGGAGUAGGCUUUUUUUUGUGUUUGAAUUUAUAACUUUAUUCUAACAAGACUACCACCCCGGGCCACAGACAAGCUUUGCAUGGGUCUAAGGCCAAUUUAUAGAUGCAUGGCAGAGGCAUGAUUUAAAGCUGGGGAGAGGGGACUUCUUGAUUUCUAGUUUAGUUUCUUAGUCUCUCCCUCAGGGAUAGCCAAUGUAGUACCCUCCAGACUGCAACACCCCUUAACCCUUUACCAUUGGCCAUGCUGCCCAGGGCUGAUGGAAGUUGUAGUCCACAACAGCUUGAAGCACACUACCCGAUACCAGCACUUUAAAAGUUUCAAACUCUAAUAUUCACUAUUUUAAGACAACUAAGCUACAUGUUUUUGCCAUACAACAUGGACAGCUGGUCUGUGGGGCUCCAGAUCUUGUUGGACUGCAACCCCCCCCCAUGAGCCCCAGCUAGCAUGGCGAGUGGUUAGGGAUGGUGGGAGCUGGAGUCCUACGACAUCAAGAGGGAUCCAGAUUCCUUACCGCUGCUUUCCAACGUAGUCUUGCACGCCUGUAAUUGCUGAGCCUCUAAGGCAGUGAUGGCCAAACUUGGUCCUCCAGCUGUUUUGGGACUACAAUGUCCAUCAUCCCUAUCUAACAAGACCAGUGGUCAGGGAUGAUGGGAAUUGUAGUCCCAAAACAGCUGGAGGUUUGGCCAUCACUGCUCUAAGGCAACAUCUUUUGCCCAACAGUGUCCUUGCCUUAUUAGCAAUUACCUUGGGAAGUAGUGCUUAGGUAUAAAGCGCCUGUCUUGUGCAUAUUCCUCACUGCUACGGGAGAGCACAAGAGUUUGUGACAUCUUGUGUUUGAUUAGUACAGCGUACACUGGAAGAAUAGGCGAGGGAGUUGUCAUAGCUGCCAAGUACCCCGUUUCCCCGGGAAACCCCCGUUUUUACUUACCUUUUCCCGGUGGUCCCCUGUAUCACUUCGUCUCCCGUUUUUCUCUGUUAUUUUCUCCUGCCGGCUGCCUUUUUUUUUCUGAUUUGCCCUUCUAUGGGCACAAAAUGGCCGCCGCCGGCUUCAAAAGUUGCAUCUACGCAUGACCGGAAGUGCGUAGACACGACUUCUGGUGUCGGCGACGGCCAUUUUGGUGCCCCUAGAUGGGCGGGGCGACACCAGAAGUUGCGUCAACGCACUUCUGGUCAUGCGUAGAAGCUACUUUUGAAGCCGGCAGCGGCCAUUUCUGGUGCCCAUAGAAGGGCAAAGCAACACCGGAAGUUACGUCAAUGCAACUUCCGGUGUCACGUGGCUUCCGGUCCCGGAUUCUGCAGUCCGGGACUUGGAAGGUAAGGAGUUGAUGAAGCCAGAUACUGGGCUUCUAUAAGCCCGUUACAAUGAGGAGAGAAACUGAACUAAAUUGCAGAAGAACAUGCUUAAAGAUAUUUAUGCAAACUUAUUUUCCUGCAUUUAUGGAGUGUUUAGAUCCUAUGAGAUUUACUGGAGCCAAACAGAAGCAUUGAUAGAACUUAUGAGACGUUGGCAAAACACUUAUGAGACGUUGGCAAAACACAGUGAAUAUAACAUUCCUUACAUGAAUCAUGAUUGUCCUGUUCAGUUUCUGUUUGCUAUUUUUAAAGCUCCGAAAAUCCAACUUUUUUAAAUAAAAAAAAUUCUCUGUGCAA